CGUAGCCUCACGACUCUAAAAUAGCGUUGUUAGUUGUUCAAAAUAACACGAUCAGGGUUUAUAGGAUAUUAUAGGUAUGUUAACGGCUUCCUGUCAUACAGUAUUAUACUUCGAAAAUUGUUUGGAAAUAUAUACAAGGCAUUUAUAAGAUUGAGAUGACCUCGUUAAAUGAAACCCAUCGUCACCAUGACUCCGUAGAAGUUUACAAAACAAGAAGUUCACCUGCCACCGAGAACGAACAGAUUGCCAUUGCGUCUGUUGUAGCAUUCCUUGGUAUCUGGACUACGCUCGGUAACUCGCUAACAAUUGCAGCAAUCUGCUUAGCAAAGCGAAUGAUGACUAAGUGCAACCUGUUUAUCUUAAGCCUCGCUGUUUCUGAUCUCGUUUCUGGAUUGAUUGCGUCGCCAUUGUGGCUUUACCGAAGGACAUGGGGAUUUAACGACUGGGAAUGGGGCGACUUCCUUUGUAAAUUGUUUUGGUUCAGCGAUCAAUCUACCUCAUUCUGUACAGCAAUGCAUAUUGCUGCUUUCGCUGUGUGGAGAUUCAUUGGCGUGAAAUGGCCAUCUCUCUUCGAAAAGAUUAAAAUGCGAACUGUCACCAUUUGGCUUGUAUUUAUUUGGGUUGUGUCAAUCAUCUUUGGUGGGUUUAUAUUCAGUUCAUUUUACGAAGUGGCAGAAAAAUCAGAAGACCAUCACGUCGGAAGUUGUUGGCCGAUGUGUUCCAUUAAAAUCGAAAACGAUGGAGUUACGCGGCACCUCGUUUACUACACUGUAGUUUCGUCAUUGUUUAUUCUGCUUCCGAUGCUCAUACUUCUGGUGACGUCAUGUCUUAUUGUGUGGGAGAUGUACUGCCACCCAGUGGUAGCAACGCAUAAGAGCAAGCAGAGAAAAACAAAAGAGAAAAGAGCCGCCGUCCAGCUUGCAUUGAUUUCCGCCUCUUUCCUGAUUGGCUACAUUCCAAUGACGUCAUACGUGAUGUGGACGACCAGAACACGCGUCAAAAAUGUGACGUUCGACUACUGGUUUCAUGUUGCCGCGUUUUUCUGCUUGCGUUUAUCAGAGUGCUUCAAUCCGGUGUUGUACAACAUAGCUUCCGUACAAAUGCGAAACGCAUCUAGAGAAGUUCUGAUGCGAAUCAGGACUUGCCAAUACAACAGAGAACGAACGCCAAGGUUAAUCAGAAGAAACGCAAUAAUCUACUAUAAAACUGAACAACACAGAUAUUUAAAUUCACCAUAAACUGAUUCUUUACUAACUUUCCUAAUACUUUCGUUGUCCUUUUCUAUAUCUAAUGUGAUUUCCACAAAAUAAAAAAGAUUUUUUUUCUUGGGUCCUUUCAUAAAUACAAGUAUAUAUUUCAUA